AUGGCUACAGCUACGCACCAGUUUCCACCUCUCCACAUCGUUCCGCCCAAGGCCGGUCAUGCCCACACCCAUACAGCAAUCAUGCUUCAUGGCCGAUCAAGCGAUGGUGAAGAAUUCGCCGAGGAACUGUUCUCAAUGAAACUGUCAGACCAGGAAGGCGACGAUCUGCAUUCCCUCUUCCCAAGCUGGCGUUGGGUUUUCCCUUCCUCGCAGUCAAUUUGGAGCUCAGUGUUUCAGGAGGAUAUCACCCAGUGGUUCGACAUACAUUCUCUGACCGAUGUCGACGCCAAACAGGAGCUCCAGAUGGAGGGGAUUCGUCAAUCGACAAAGUAUGUGCUCGCAUUAAUGGAAGAGGAAGUUCAGCGACUUCAUAAUGCGCGGGAAAAGCUAUUCGUCUGCGGCAUCAGUAUGGGAGGAGCCAUCGGACUUUGGACACUGCUUUGUCAGAAGGCAAUUGGGCAUAAUAUUGGAGGUUUCGUCGGGCUGAGUUGCUGGCUUCCAUUCACAGAGGUGAUUAAGAGGCACCUAUGGACCGUGAAGGAUUCUCUCAAUAGCCCUGGAGCCUCGCCUGACGAGGUUGAGGCAAGAAGUUUUAUUGCUAAGAUCAUGGAUAGCAAGGCAGCGUCUGCUGGGCUCUUGUCAAGCACACCGGUCUUUCUAGGGCAUGGAGUCGAUGAUGCUUACGUCGAUAUCUCGCUGGGAAGGAAGGUGAAAGAGGCACUGAAGUCGAUUGGGUUUACUCCUGAAUGGAGGGAAUAUGCAGGUGCCGAACAAGAAGGACAUUGGAUCAAAGAACCCGAGGAGUUGGCUGAUAUCGCUGCAUUUCUAAUCACUCAAGCUGAGAAAUCUGCCCUUUGA